AAGGGCUAAGAAGGGUUUAUGAAAUUUACAUUUUUGUCAGAAAAAUCUUGGCCAUAGAUUCCUAAUCUCUAUAUUUAUGUGGUUCUUGAUUUUUUUCUAUCUAUAAAUAGGAAUACCUGAUCCCAUUUUUUUCUUCUCUUUUGCUCACUUUUUUUUUUGGGUUGAAGAAAACUCAAAGGAAGAAGAAGUAGGGCUUUGUUUGGCUGUGAUUUUGUGAGAUUUAUGUCGGCAAAGUCUUGUUUGGCUGUUGUGAUUGGAGCUCCAUUAAAGAAGCUCUGUUCUUCAGUGAUUUUUGCUCUUUGCAUGCAACAAAUCAAUUUAUCUGUUGUUUCGAUGCGUUUGAGGCCCAAAAGGACUUGUUCUGGUGUCGUUUGCUUUGGUGGAUUUCACAUAAACAGAUUUUUACAUCCUAUUUUGCUCUUAAGAAUACCCUGAGAAAUUUUCCUUUUUGAUUUUUUUCUUUCAGUUUUAACCUAUUAAAUCACUUCAUUUUUAUUUAAUUUUUGAAAAAAAAAAACAAUUUUCUUGAGGGCAUAUUUUGAGGGGUUUUGAAAAAAAAAAUGUUUGAGCCUCAGAGACAACAAUCUCAAAAAAUCAAGAACAGGGAAGAAAACCCGACCCGACCCAUGAGAAAGAUCCGGAUUGUCUGUAAUGACCCGGAUGCUACUGAUUCAUCUGAUGAUGAAGGUGUUGAUAUAUCGAAACCAAAAAGAUUUGUUAGGGAAAUUAAUAUCCCUAUUGGUAACUGUUUUAGUCCAAAGAAAGUUGUUCUUGAAACUGAAAGUUCUUGUCAAGAUAGCAACAAUGGUGACAAAAACCCUAAAAAGAGAACUAGGGUUUUAGCUAAAACCCAACAAAAACCCUCUUCCUCGAAAUAUCGAGGCGUUCGACAACGUAAAUGGGGUAAAUGGGCUGCUGAAAUUCGUGAUCCGUUUAAAUCUAGGAGGGUUUGGCUUGGUACUUAUAAUACUGCUGAAGAAGCUUCUCAAGCUUAUGAAACUAAGCGUCUUGAAUUUGAAGCUAUGGCUAAGAGUACUAAUUCGAGUUCUAAUAAUGAAAGCCGUAAUAACAAGAAUUGUCGAAAGGAUGUUGUUGUUUGUGUCUCUGAGGAGGAAAACUAUUCGGCUGAGAGUUUGGUGUCAUCACACACUUCACACACAUCUCCAGCAUCAGUACUUGAAAUGGAUUGUUUGACUUCAGGUUCUGAAGUUAAAGAAGUUAAAGUCAAUGAAGAAAUUGUCGUGGAGAAGCGAGUGGAUGAUGAUGAUGAUGAUAAGAUGGGAUUGAUGGAGGAUUGUUUAUCUUUGGCUGAAAUUGGUGCUGGAAUUGAGUUUGAUAUGGAGAUGGAUUUGUUCUUUGCUGGUAGUGAUGAUUUUGGUUCAAAUCUUGAUGACUUUGUUGUUAAUGAUUUUGAGGAUUUGCCCAUAUGUGGGCUUGAUGGUGAUGAGAAGCUGCCUACUGGUUUGCCUGAUUUCGAUUUCGACUUUGAUUUCGAUGGAUAUAAUGAAUCUUGUGCUUGGAUGGAUGAAGCAGCAGCGACUCCGCUGAUGAAUGGAACGACGACAACGCCCCUCAAUAUUGCAUUAUGCCCAUAAGUUUUGCAGCUAUAGGAAGUUUUAGUAUUUACUAGUAGUAAUCAAUAGAGAGUUUUUAUGUCUCAAAGAAUCAUUAACUUUAGGUUCUUGAGACCGUGGUCUUUUACUUUGAAGUGAGUUUUGAGUAAUGUUUACUUUUUGUCUAAGAGAGAUUUGAGACCUGAAUCUUGUGUUGGAAGAAAUUGAGUUAAUAGUCCCUUUGGGUUUUUCCCGUGCUACUAGAGCCGUCCGAAGGUCUAUUGAAUCUUGAUUUUGGUUUAGUCUCGGGCUGUUUAUUGCGUAUAUGAUGGAAUGGUUUAAAAA